AUGUUGCUUACGAAGUAUCUCGUAACGAGGCAGUUCUGGAUGGCUCCAACCAAGCCGCAACUGACGACUGAAGUUUCCUCAGCCACAUACUUCAAGCUAGGUAUCCUCCUAGAUUACGACUGUGAGACCAGCAAACAGGUGUUCUGGGAGAGUUCUUCCAGAAAUUUACUGACUUCGAGGUACAAGUGGCUCAUCUGGAGCGAAGAUCACUUCUCGUACGAUACACCAAUAGAGUACAACAUUGACAGUGACGUCACGUGGGCCACAUCAGUGGUACACAUGCGCAGGAUCAUCCUGCAUGACGUACACAAGACCAGCCGACUGGUUGUAACUCCUUCAGGAUACUGGGAUAAAAUUCAAGGUCUCGUAAAUUAUCUGAAGGACCAAAAAUACACACGCAGAAGAAAUCUGGAAGGGCUGAUACUUCAGGGGGCUAUUGUGGUGAAUGCUAUCCACAAGGACAUAACUGAAUCGCUCCUCGCCAGUCCUGACAGCAAGUACUCAGAUUCCAUGGCGAGGUACCACUAUGCAUUAUACUCACAUCUGCGCGACUGGUUCAACUUCAGGCUGUCCCUACAGGCUACCAACUCAUAUGGCUAUCCCACAAGAAAUGGCUCGUACGACGGACUUGUGGGGCUCUUGCAGAGAAGAGAAGUGCAGCUUGGAAUUUCUGCCGUCCGGAUAUGGCCUACACGUCUCGACGUUGUGGACUUCACAGCACCGACGUGGCUCUUUAAUUGUCUGGAAUUGUCCAAUUCGUCAUGUUCAGACACAGAAAUACACAACAAGCAGACGGCCUGGCGAAUAUUGCUCCUGUUUGCGCUGGUGCAAUCGCUGAUUGUGAACAACUAUUAUGGUGCCAGUUUGGUAUCAUCUCUGGUCGGACCAUCUCAGAAAACCAUUCGAACCGUUCGAGACAUCAUUGACAGCAACCUCAAAGUCGGCUAUGUGAAUGUCAGCUAUAACCGAGACUUUUUUAAGAGGAAUUCAAACCCCAUCGUGAAGGAGCUGUAUGCCAAGAAGGUGCACCCACACUCGCAGUCGCUACCAAACGAGUUCUCAAGGGAAGUGGCUGUCAAGAAGAUGAGGGACGAAGCUUUCGCCAUCCAAGGAGAGGCGAUCAGCCUGUAUCCACUAAUCGAGGACACCUUCAGCGAAAGACACAAAUGCGCUCUCUCUGAAGUGGAAGCGUUCACUUCUGAGAUAUUAUACACCAUCAUACAGAAAGGAUCACCCUACCGGAAACUAUUCACAUUUGGGUUCCGAGCGCUGUUGGAACGGGGCCUCAUGAAGCGGCAGUUGCAACUGUGGCGUGCAGUGCCUCCAAAGUGCUGCGGCGCCAGCGAAGUGCAAGAGGUGCAGCUAGAAGCUACGGCCUUUGCCCUCUUCCUGCUCGCUGCCGGAACCAUCCUGAGUCUCAUCGUUCUGUCUAUCGAGCGCAAACUUCAUGACAACAGAAGAAAACGGCACUGCAUUCCGGCAACUACCGGACAUCCUGAUAAAUUCCGGACAUCAAAACUAAGGGGACGCAGCAACACUCAUCAUGUCAAAUUACGGUUUCCCAGUCUUCAUGGUAACGUUCUGGAUAUUCAUGACAAUUGUGUUCGUCUUGUAUUACGGUCUAUUUUCUCUCCAGGAAGUGAUCAGCUCACCAGCAGCGGCCGAACAGCACGAAGUGAUACUAAGCCUGUGUUGGUGCAUGUUUUGUAUUACACUCCUCGUAGCAAUCACACUCACAUGUCACACGACUACGCAAGAAGCCAAUCUGUCGCUGAUUCUCGUUCGGAGAUGGAGUCCAAGUGGGUGACAUUCCGUAUUGUCCUUCUGUUCACCAUGGUGCAGGUGAUUCUGCUCAAUAACUACUAUGGCGGCGGCAUUGUGUCCUCUCUACUAUCCGAGCCAGCAAAAACCAUACGCACCAUCCAAGACCUGAUCGACUCCAAUCUUCAAGUCGGCUACGAGAAUGUCAGCCAUAACAGGGGAUUUUUCGAGCAAACCACUGAUCCUCUGGUGCGUACUCUGUAUAGAAAGAAGAUCUUUCCUCCAACACAGUCAAAUCCAAAUGCAUAUCGAGUGGACAUCGGUGUCAAGAAGAUGAAGGAGGAACCGUUUGUUUUCCAAGUAGAGCAAAUUCAAGCCUAUCCUCACAUCGACAACACGUUUACAGACUCUGAAAAGUGUGCCCUGACCGAAAUUCCGCUCUUCACAUCCAUGGCUGGACCCACGUUUGCCCUCGUCCGGAAGGGAUCGCCAUACAAGCACCUUUUGGCUUAUGGGUUACAACAGGUGUGGGAGAGAGGUCUGAUGAAGCAUGAAUGGCAGAAAUGGAGGCCACCCAAGCCCCGAUGUCUUCUGAAGAGGGAUGUGGUCAGUGUCGAAAUCAGGACCAUCUCUUUCGCGUUCUCUCUGUUCGCCUUCGGUCUCUCUGCAUCAGUUUUCAUUCUUAUCAUCGAGAGAAUUUACUAUGAAAGGAACUCUUUGAGGACAAAAAUUAUGAGAUCCAAAAGGACGCACGUUCCUUCUGAUGAUGCACCAACGAUUCGAACUGCGCUAAAGAAGACCGGCGCUGAAGAAACCUGCAAGUUUCCUCAACAAACCGCAUCAAAGAAGAAUUCCACCCGACAGAAUAUUAAGUUAUGAGUUCACAACAGCGUCCCUAUACUCGUAAUGUAGGACAGCUAACAUCAGCUAAGACUACUCAAUGCAUGGGCUGGUCAUAAGUCGACGGAGAAUUCGAUAGACGCUCAAGCUAUACAGAAAUCACCCCCCCCCCUGAUGAAACCAAAAAUGCAUUAUCGUCCAUACAAGAAUCAGACACAUCGUGGGAGCGCAAAUUCGUGAGGUAAAGGCUGUAAUCUUUUCGGACCAUUGGGCAACCACUUGUGCAUACCUGAGUAUUUGGGCAGGGCUUCGUCAGAUUGGCUCUGGUUAUGUUGUUAGGUUAGGUUAGGUUCUGUAACCACUUCACUGUCGCGCACUAGUUUUAGGUAUAAUUAGAAUCAUUAUUACAAAGCAAUUAAUUGACGGUAGUACGUAAUA